AUGGAGUGGCCUAGUAUGAGAAUUCCGCCUGGGGGAGUAUUCCAUCCACCAAAAGUGAAAAAUUAUAGCCAUGAUACACAAAAUCUCAUUAAAGUUCUCAUGGAUGAGGCGAAAUUGACAAUGCUCCAACGUAAGAAUAUAAACAGCUACUUGAGAAGUGGAGAUCCGCUUCCAAUACCCAGAGAUGAGGGUGUGCGGAUUUUAGGGGAUGCAGAUAGGGAAGCGCAAGAAAUUAUUGAGAGGGCUCGAUGUGCACGCAAGAGAUCCCUGGCAGUGAUAAAAGCCAGUGGAGCUUUUGAAAAAACGCGCUACAUCCCCAAGUACCCUUGGAAAGUUCCCUCGGAGACAGCUAAGCACCGACUGCAGGAGGUGAUGAGUGGCCUCAAGUACUUCCCAGAACCGGAUGCUCAGGCAUAUAAGUACCGGCACCGAAAGAAGUCCCCAAAACUUGAGGAGAGAGAUCAAAUUUGCGAACUUCUCUGUGAGAUUCAUGAGAGGGCUGAGUGGUUGGCGGAAAUGGAAGCAUUGGGUGAAGGAAAGAAGCACCGUGAUGUGAUUCACAAUCAAAUAGCGGAGAAAUUGCGUCAAAUCAAAAUGCUAGAGAGGCGAAAUCACAGGAGGGAACUGGAGGAUCAUCUCGAGAAUGAAUUGAACAAGUUGUCGGUAAAAUCUACACAAGAUACCACAAAUAUAAAUUGAUACGUCUCUGACAA